AUGUCUCGUGCUCUACUUGUCCUAGGCGCCACUGGAAAACAGGGCGGGAGCGUGGUACAGGCCCUUCUGGCCAAAAGAGCCGACUUCAGAAUCUUGGCCGUUACAAGGGACACCGAGUCGGCCGGAGCUAAGAGACUGGCCGCCAAGUCCCCAAAUAUUUCUCUUGUUCAGGGCAAUCUCGAUGAUACGGAGGCCAUUUUCCAAAAUGCGAACAAAAUUGCCAAGACUCCCAUCUGGGGAGUAUUCAGCGUUCAGUUGCCCGCGAUGAACAAAAAUGGUGCAAAGAUCGAAGAGGUGCAGGGAAAGUCCCUGGUCGACUCUGCUUUGAAGCACGGCGUAGAACACUUCGUGUACUCGUCUGUCGACCGCAGUGGCGAGCGCUCAAUUAACAAUCCUACCAACGUCCCCCAUUUCAUCAGCAAACACAACAUUGAGCACCAUCUCAUCAACAAAGCCAAAAACACGCCAAUGUCCUGGACGAUCCUGAGACCUGUGGCGUUUAUGGAAAACUUCCAAGUGGGCUUUGUGGGAAAGAUCUUCGCAACGGCGUGGAGAGAUAAUGUCAAGAGUCGCCCUCUCCAGCUCAUUGCUACCGAGGACAUUGGUGAAUUUGCCGCAAAGUCGUUUCUCAGCCCCAACGAGUUCAAUGGUAAAUCCAUCGCCUUGGCCGGUGACGAGUUGACCUACAGUCAGCUUGUAGACGUCUUCAACAAGAAGACCGGAGCAGCACCGCCAACAACGUUUGGAUUUAUCGCCAAGCUGUUGCUGUGGCUCUCCAAGGAGAUGGGCACCAUGUUUGCCUUCUUCGAGCGGGAAGGAUAUGGAGCGGAUAUCAAGGAGCUCAAGAAGCAACAUCCUGGAUUGAAAGACCUGGGCACUUGGCUCGAAAGCAGCCCCUAUACCAAGGCUAAGAAGCUAUGA